AUGGCUCGCGCCUGCGGCCAACAAGCCGUCAACGCCAUCCUCGCUGACGGCACGAUGCCCAUCGAAUCGGUUCCCUUUUCUUCGUCCACCUCUUCCCCCUUCCUCUGCCGCGGCGCCCUCUUCACCGACAACCCUUCCCUCCUGCAGUGCUUCACGCCGGAUCAAAAGAUCCCCUUUGAAGCCUCAUCCCCAUCCCGCACGAGGGGCAUUCGUGACUCUGCCGAAAGAUGGGGAAGUGUUGAGGGAGUGUAG